AUCUAUUGAUUCCCGACUAAACAGCAGGCCAAAUCGACGUAAUGUCCCAGGCAGUUGAACUUCAUUUGGUUCCUACACCGGGAGCGAAACCCGAGUUCUUGUGUGCAAUCAAACCAAUCCCGAAGGAUGGGAACACAAAUAAUCACAAUCCACCAAGAAUAUGGCAAUCGAUUGUUAAUAGUUUGAACAAGGUGAUUGUUCUGGAAGGUUAUACCCGGGAAUCCUGGGCGACAGAUAUGAAUGGCGGUACCUGGUCGUCUUUCCAGGUUCAGUCUGUCGAUGGACGCAACAAAUUGCCCGGAUUUGUCAAGUAUCUGAGGGAAAGGCAGAAGACUUGCUUUGGGCGUUUUGUCAUGGAUGAUCACAAAAGCAAUACCGAUAACACAAACACGAAACAAACAACAUUUGUUUGGGUCAUUUCUUACAAGCAGACAAGUUCGUCGCGGUUGUCCUGUCGAGUGGCACCCAUCAAUUCCAUUCCGAACUGUAACCUCCGUCAAAAGACGUCUUCGGUUACUGUUCCGCCCGGUCGAAAUCGGCCACGAAAUUCGGAACCCACCGCGAAAUCGAAACCAAAAAAGAAGGGUUUUGGACUGUUAGGAAACCUAGUGGGCGCACAACGGCGUACGAAUAAUCAAGUCGUCACUGCCAGCAUUGCUACCGCUCCGAAGUCAAAAACCAAGCACUCGAUGACCUCUGUAGAGAGCCAUGCCGAAAGCAACGACGACGAAACCCCGGAUCAUCCAACCGGUGGGGCAAAUGGCAACUCUGCAAACGAGACGCAAAGAGACGAUAGUGAUCUGCCUUUGACCACUUCUGCCCAGGUAUUGUCUGAUUUUAGACGCGAAAUGGAACAGAAAAUGCUGGAUUUCGACAUUUCUCCCGAGAUGUCCAUAAAGAUAUUUGUGCGGUUGGCGGAUCAUACCAAAAAAGUGAGAGAAGUGGACAAAGGAAAGAUAAGCAUGGAAGUUCUCAAGUAUAUUGUCUAUGAACAGGCCGAAGAAGUUAAUGACGAUUGGAUCGCCCAAAAGGAACCAGGCGAAUUUACGGACGAAAUUACGGUGGCUAUUUACAAGGACGCCGAGUCUGCCCCCCCAGAGGUCAUCGAGGAAAUGAAUGCGGCCGAGAUUCCCGAAGAAAUGAAGGCCCAGCAAAAAAUGAUAGAACAAAAGCAGCGUCAGCAAGAAAUCAACGCCCGUCGCAUCCAAGAGGCCUUACAACGACAGGCCUUGAGAAAGAUGGCCGGAGGGGGGGAGGGAAAAGGCCCAAGCCUUUCGGUUCUCAACACGGAAAAACGAGAUUUGAGAACCAUCGAAGAGAUACAGCAAGACAGUGCAAAACGACGGAAAAUGGAGUGAAUCGAAUUAAAUCGCGGCAAAAAUGGAAAUGAAACGGAUCGGCAGAAGGAAAACAUCCAACCACGGGAAUAAUGUGGUAUCAGUCGUUGAGCCAUUCGGUCGCGCACAUGGCCCAACUCACUAAUCGAGAAAGUAGUUCAAGAGCAAAGAAAGAAAUCUAUGGUAGCUAGACAUUCCGUAGUUUUGAAUCUUUGUAAUGCACGGGCAAGUCCUCAUUUACUGGGAUAAAUACAAAAAGCACAU